ACACACCUUGCUCGAAGCCUUUGGGAACGCAAAAACGGUUAUGAACGACAACUCCAGCCGAUUUGGCAAGUUGCUGGAACUAAGGCUGACGUGGGACGGCAAGCUGGCGGGCGCGACCAUGACGGACUAUCUUCUGGAAACGUCACGGGUGGUACGUCACGGUCCAGGCGAGCGCAACUUCCACAUCUUCUACUACCUGCUGGCGGGCCUGACGCGGGACGAGCUCAGGAAUUACCACCUGACGGACCCCGAGGACUACAGGGUGCUGCGACAGGCGGACCACCAACCUGUCUUUGCCAGCGCCAGUGACCUGGAGACCUGCCGUCUGCUGUACCACAAGCACGUCAACAUCAUGCGCGUCGUGGGCUUCACAGACUGGGAGAUAUCGAUGACCUUUACCUUGCUAUCAGCCAUUCUACACGUGUCCAACAUGGCGUUCUGGCAGGAACAAGAUGGCGAAAGGGCACAGAUCAAAGACAGCAGUACCCUGAUUAAAGUAUGCAGCCUGUUGCAAGUGGACAAGGAUCAGCUGCAGGAGGCUCUCACGUGCAUCGUGUCCUACCCUCGAGGUGAGCGCACCAUCAAGAACAAGACGGUGGAGCAGGUGGCUGACAGCAGGGACGCUGUGGCCAAAGAACUCUACGCCCGGCUCUUCGGGUGGAUCGUACGCCAGGUGAACUUGAGACUCAAACCCGACAAACUUCACGGUGAUGGUGGCGGCGCCACUAUCGGCGUGCUGGACAUGCCGGGCUUCGAGAACGUGCGCGUCAACAGCUUCGAGCAGCUGUGCAUCAACGUGGCCAACGAGCAGCUGCAGCAGUUCUUCAUGCAGCACAUCUUCGUGCACGAGCGGCGCGCGUGUGAACAGGACGGUGUGAAAUGGCAGCACGUGCAACACCAGGACAACCAGGACAUCGUCACUCUCUUCCUGCAGAGGCCUGUGGGCGUGUUGGCGCUGAUAGACGAAGAGAGCAAGUUUCCGCAGGCUACAGACGCUACACUGGUAGACAAGAUGGCGAGGAACCACAAGCACUCCGGCCUGCUGACCAAGUCGCCGCUAGGGGGCGCGGCCUUCUGCGUGCUGCACUACGCCGGUGCUGUGGAGUACCAGGCCGCCGGGUUCCUGGAGAAGAACCGACACAGCCUGAGCACCGCACUGGCCGACUGCUUGAGGAGCAGCUGUCACACCCUCGUCUCUGACCUCUUCAAGGCCAAAAUGUCAAGGACAGGCACAAUCUCCAGCUCAUUCGCCACGAGACCGAGGCACGACAAGCGGCGUAAGAGUGCAUCAAGUGAGGCGCACACAGACGACAACAGGUGUGAACGGUGGACGAGAGACAGACACCACAGCUCGGCAUCACAGUACUUCAAGAAUUCCCUCGUGGACCUCAUGUCGCGACUGAACAGCUCUCAGCCCCAUUUUAUCAGGUGUGUCAAGAGCAAUGAGCACAAGGUGGCGGACAAGUUCCACACCGAGUUCGUCCUGCAGCAGCUGCGCUCCAGCGGCGUCUUGGACAUCGCUCGCGUCCGACAGAUGGCGCUGCCCGUGCGCAUGGACUUCGGCGAGUUUGUCGACAGGUAUAAGCUGCUUGUCUACUCGCCACUAGACAGCGCUGAGCCCACGGCGGCCACCUGCCUGGUCAUCAUCAAGAACGCCGAGCUGGAUGACUACGAGAUCGGGGCCACCAAGGUGUACCUCAAGUUCAGCGAGCUGGACAAACUCAACCGACAGCUGCAGCAGCUUGAGAAUCACGUGACCGUCAUCCAGAAGUAUGUUCGUGGCUUUCAAGCCCGGCGAUGCUACCGGAAGUUACGUCAGUUGCGGCGGGAAGAGGUUGAGGCCAAAAGGAAGCUGUUUGACGACCUGCCGCUGGAGACGCUGAAAGCCCGCAACGACGACCACAGCAUGGACGACAACCUCAACGACAAGUUCAAGCUGGUGUACACCAAGGACGACAAACACCCCGAGAUCGUCAAGAACCUUCACCGCCCCAAGUCUCCACUAGUCAGUGCCCUGGAGGGCGAGAACAAUGCCGGUCACGUGCCUGCCAUGAGCGUCACAGGAGAGAGGUACGGGGGCAGCGACGGCACACGCUCUUUGCCCAGCGACGAUGACCAUCGCCCCCAGAGGCGGAGGAAGAAGAGACAGAGACGUCCAUCACAGAAAUCUACUACAACUACGUCAGAGUCCACCGCCACCACCAACGUCACCAACCUGUCGGGCCAACCCAUCAUGGCGGAUAACAACUUCCAGCCGUGGGAUGUCUUCAAGACCGUGUCGAGGAAGAGCGAGACGAUAUACGAGGCGACGACCAACUGGUUUGAGGUGGCCGCCAAGACCCUCAAGCUUUUCUUCUUCCUUCUUCUCUUCCUCCUCGUCCUCGUUUCCGCCGUGGUCAGCAAGGCAUCACUUCUACUCAUGACCAACGCCAUCGGAAACGCCGAUCUGGGUAAUGAAAACCGAGACAGGUGGGUUUACCUGUUGAUUGGCGUGGUCUGUGUACCCUACCUCGUCACCUUCUUCGAGAGCUUGUUUCGCGCCCUCUUCGGCAACUUUCCGCGCCCCUCCCUGGGCAACAUGGCGUGGAUCCUGCUGGUGGAGACGAUCCACUCCUUCGGCUUGUGUCUGCUGCUGUUCCGCGUGCUGCCGUGUCUGGACACGGUCCGCUGCCUGCUGCUGAUGAACGCGCUGUGCUCGGUGCCGGCGGCGCUGCGUCUGCUGGCCACCAAACGGUCGGAGGAGCCGCGACGCAAGGUGACGACCAUCAUCCUGGACGUGCUGGCCGUCCUCAUGCAGCUCUCCGCCUACGUCGUCGUCCUCGUCUCCAUGAAGUCCGAGUGCGUGCAGGUCAACAAGGACACCACCGACGACAGCCAGGCCGCCGCCAGAGGAACAAGCAGCGGCCUGAUAUCAGGGUCCGGGUCGGCGUGGAGCAACACGUACUCGCUGUCCGACAUGUCGUGGGAGAUCCCACUGGCACUGCUGCUCAUCUCCACUAACUGGUGGGAGAACUUCUGCGACAAGGACGUGCGUGUGGGCUGCGUGUACAUCCCCGUCAAGAACUACAAGGACGCUCUGCACCGCGUGCGCACCAAGGCCUACAUCUUGGCCUCGCUCUGGAAGAUCGGCCUGACCUUUGGCUUCGCUUUCCUGCUGGUGCCUCAGCUGUCCAUGGCCAACGUGGCCUUCAAGGACUUGCUGGUGACACCUGCCGAGUACACCUUCUACAACGGCAGCCUGCUCAAUGCCGAGGUUGUCAUGACAACGAGGAUGUCCAUGGACACAACGGAGCCGCCCAUCCUGCCGGACAUCGUCCACGUCAUUCGCAGUCCCAUCCUGGCCAGCGAGGACCGCUUCAUGCGCGUGCACACGCAGAACUGCUCGGUGGCCAACCUCAGUCUCGACGGCCUGCUCAACACCACAGUCUGCACCACCAGCUACACCUACAACUGGCGCCAGUACAUCACCUACUUGCCGCUCGUUCUACAGGUGGUGUCGUCAGGCCUGUGCUACUACUUUGCACGGUUGGCUUGCAAGCUGUGUAUGCAGCGCUUCUCCUUCGCCGUGCCGCUGUCGCUUGCCACACCUGUGUCCGUGGCCGCCAUGAUUACACUGUGCUACGUGUCUCCUACAUCUACACAGAUUAUCCCAGGGUUCCUGACCUGGGCGUGUACAGGUGAGGGCAAGGACCGCCAGUGGUUCAUCUGGCACCUGGGGCUGGGAUUCGGCCUGUGGUGGGCCUCCCAGCUGUGGAUCACCAGGUACAUUUGGACACCCAAGUCCCCUCGCCUGGCCUUCACUGAGCGCCUGUUCAUACUACCGCACUACUGCACGGUGCUCAUCGAGCAGUCGCUUCUCCUCAACCGUCGGCGCAACGACAAGGAGCGCAUCCUCAAGGAGAUGACCUUCAGUGACGACGCCUCCAUGGACUCCACCUCCACGGACGCCAUGCGCAAGCAGCGCGAGCAGAUCGUGCCCAAGAUCUACGUGUGCGCCACCAUGUGGCACGAGACAGAGAGCGAGAUGACAGAACUCCUCAAGUCGCUCUUCAGGUUGGACAUCGACCAGAGUGCUCGCAGGAACGCUCAGGACUACUUCAACGUGCAGGAUCCUGAUUAUUACGAGUUCGAAGCUAACAUUUUCAUGGACGACGCCAUGGAGUUUGAUGCGCGCAACGAGUGGAUGCCCAACGACUUCCUCAAGCAGUUCGUCUCCCUGGUCGACGAUGCCGCCAGUGCCAUCCACGAGAGUGACGUGACCCUCCUACCCCCCGUGAAGAUCCCGACCCCCUACGGCGGGCGGCUGGUGUGGACGCUGCCCGGUGGGAACCUCCUCAUCGCUCACUUCAAGGACCGGAACAAGAUCCGACACAAGAAACGCUGGUCGCAGGUGAUGUACAUGUACUACCUGCUAGGCUACCGGUUGCUAGGGCAACAGGAGGACAUUCAGUCCCAGUCCACGCUGGAGCGUGACGACAAAUGGCGGAACAGCAGCGGCCACUUCGUCAAGGGCAACCUCUUCAAAUACAUCCCGGAGCGCGUUCUGGUUCAGGCCGAGAACACCUUCAUCCUGGCACUGGACGGUGACGUGGACUUCAAGCCGGGCGCUGUGCAGCUUCUUGUAGACCGCAUGAAGAAGAGCAAGAAAGUGGGCGCGGCUUGUGGGAGGAUCCAUCCAAUCGGCUCAGGUCCGAUGGUGUGGUACCAGACGUUUGAGUACGCCGUGGGUCACUGGCUGCAGAAGGCGGCGGAGCACAUGUUGGGCUGCGUGCUGUGUAGUCCAGGAUGCUUCUCCCUCUUCAGGGGGUCCGCCCUCAUGGACGACAACGUCAUGCGCACCUACGCCACACGCUCGUCUGAGGCCCGCCACUACCUGCAGUAUGAUCAAGGUGAGGACCGCUGGCUGUGCACGCUGCUGCUGCAGCAGGGUUACCGGGUGGAGUACUGCGCCGCGUCUGACGCCAUGACUCACGCGCCCGAGCGCUUCAACGAGUUCUUUAACAGACGCCGCUGGAUACCCUCCACUUUGGCCAACAUCAUGGACCUGCUGCAGAGCUACCGCACCACCGUCAAGAUCAACGACAACAUCUCCUACCUGUACAUGUGCUACCAGGGGCUGCUGAUGAUCUCCACCAUCCUGGGCCCCGCUACUAUCCUGCUGAUGAUGGCCGGCGCCUUCAACGCUGUCAUGCGCAUCUCGCUGUGGCAAAGCUACGUCCUGUCUCUCGCCCCGGCCGCGCUCUUCCUCGCCAUCUGCUUCAUCGCAAAGCGGAAGGUGCAGCUGACCGUCGCCGCCAUCCUCAGCGCUGUCUAUUCUCUGCUGAUGAUGGCCGUCAUCGUGGGCACAGCGGUUCAGAUCGCCGAGGACACCAUCGUCUCACCCAACGCUAUCUUCCUGUUGCUCCUCAUCUCUAUCUUUAUCAUCUCCGCCAUCUUCCACCCGCAGGAGUUUCUGUGUCUGCUAGGGGGCGCUCUGUACUUCCUGUGCAUCCCAGCCGGCUACGUCGUCUUGAUGGUCUACGGCAUGUGCAACCUGCACGUAGUGUCGUGGGGCACUCGCGAGGUGGCGGCGCGAGCACAGAAAGCACAGGAUGAGCGCGGCAAGCAGCCGGCGGCGGGUGGCAGCGGGUGGAUGGCCUGGGUGCACAAGCAGGAGGAGGAGGGCGCGUGCUGUGCCAAGUUCUUUCGCGGCAUGCGGCGUCUGUGUGGUCAUCGCGCACAGGACAUCAAUACCGAGAUCCUUCGACAGGUGAUGGAGAAGCUGGACAAGGUGGAGACAGGACUGCGCACCGUCACUUCAGGCACCACCAACGCCUUCCACCAUCAGCGCCGCCGCUCGUCGUCCAGGUCCCGACACUCCAAGCGCUCCAACAUCGACGACAUCGAAGAGGAGGCGGAGCAUGGAGACGCCUCGUCGACCAGCACAUCUACCGACGAAGAGGAGCACUUCCUGGAGGAGGAGCGAGACGAGCUUAUCAACCCGCGGUGGCUGGAGGACCCAGGGCUGAAGACCGGCGAGGUGCAGUACCUGCCCAUGCGCGAGAUCGAGUUCUGGCAGCGCUGCAUCGCCAAGUACCUGCAUCCCAUCAGCACCGACAAGGUGCACGAGGCCAAGGUGGCAGCGGACCUCAAGUCCAUGCGCAAUAACGUGGCCUUCGCCUUCUUCAUGAUGAAUGCCUUCUGGAUCAUUAUCAUCUUCAUGAUGCAGAGCGUCAAGGACAAAGUCAGCAUCCAUAUCCCGCGGCCGGGCACCGACCCACUGCCCAUUGAGCCACUUGGCCUCCUCUUUCUCAUCAUCUUCGCUUUCAUCCUGCUGGCCCAGUUCUGCGCCAUGCUACGUCACCGUUGGGGCACUCUGCUGCACAUCCUGGCCUCCACAGACAUCCGGUGCUGCAAAAAGAAGUACGACCCCAAGAAGGCCAUUCGCGAGGCCGUGGAGUAUGCCCGCAUGCUGCAGCGACUGCGCGGCAUCGACGAAGACCUGACGGAUCAGGAUUACGAGUACAUGAGUUCAUCGGAAGGACGGCCAUCGAGCCAGCUGUACAGCGGUUCCUCCAGCAACAUGAUGACGCCGGGGGGACCAGCCCGUGCCUACGACAGCGAUGUAGCGAGUCCCUCCAGUCUGGAGACUCCAUUCCCGCUCAUGUUUGAAAAUCCAGGCUUCCAGGAAUCGAACCCUAACCUUGCCCAGGACGCGGGCCCAGGGGUCAGCGAACGCGGCAAAGGCCGACGCGGUAGACGGAGCCGCUCGACCGUGGUGGACAAGAACAACACUUUGCGGAGAGCCUUCGUGCGGCGCUACACUAAGCUGCUGCGACAACACUCCUCCGACGUCGGCGGCGAGUCCAGCAUCAACCAGUUCUUGCACGACACGGCACAGCGCAGCCGCGGACAGCACGUCCGGCGCGAGACGGCCGAGGAUCUGGUGUCUAGGUUCAACAAGCUCAACAGAUGAUCCCCAUUGUCCACUUAUUUCUUCCCUUGACUAAUCUCGCUAGACUAACGCCUGCCUUCCCAGACACAUCACAGACGCACGUCCAUAACUCGCACAGCGUACAUCAGCCACGUGGUCGGGGUGAGCCUGCUUGCCCUCAUUCUCUUGCACCCCGGGUAGCCAGUCUCUUCCAUCCAGACCAUUUCUCUGUAGUGUACAGCAUCAGGAAGGGUCUGUGCGACCCGAGGGACGGACUGCCUAAUGGCGGCGCUUUGUGACGAGAGAGACUAGACUCGCUGACUAAUCGCGAUCGAGGACUGGUGCCCCAUGACGUAGUACAAGUACCUGCCAACACUUUGCAGGCUUGGGGUCACCAGUGACCUCGACACAAGGACACGAAGUAGGAAAUAUAAACUUGCAUUGCAAAAUUCCUGGGAUCACAGGCAAUGCCAUGUGCAACAAAGCGCGCGGUCGCUAGUGACCCCAGCCACGUGGGACUUGACACUGAAGGCUGAGAAAGGCAACCCUGAACUCGUUAUCACGUUGAUAUAAUAGUCGGGAGCUCAGAUGGCCACAAAGACAAUUGAGAGAUAAGAAUUUGUGUUCGUUGCCUGGGCUAAUAUUUUCCUAGCUUUAGCCCGAUCUGUAAAUGUCAAAAUUGGUGUAACUGUCAUUUGUUGUUUUAACAUUUGUGACAAGAUACACGGAAGUAGCUUUCAACUUUCCUUGGUAAUUUAAAUUAUUGCUUUCUCGUUAAUGUAAUGGUUUGUCUGGGCUAUAGCUGUAUAUUAUGUGAGCAUUGUCAGACGCUGACAGUUAAGUUUAUCAAUAGUUUCAAGCCGUUGCUUUACCAAAUCACCAGAGACUACUGCUACUAGAGACACCACUCAGACAUUUGCUUGAGUGUCCUGGGUAAGCCAGCAUGUGAAGCUAUUCAGUGGCAUUAAGACUAUGGUGCCUCAAGGCUUUAAGGCAGAGAGGAAAUAAAACAUUCAGCUACUUUGAAGUCAUCGACAUGCUGGCACGGUGAGCAGGUGGGGAAUCAAGGAGUGUAGUUCACCUUGUUGUGCGGGACCUUGCUUCACUACCUUGACCUUCCAAGGUUAAGACCCAAGGGACAUGAUCACAGCACGCUCGACCCAAGAUUCUACUCACCUGGCUAGUGUGGGUUCUGACCUGUCUUUUGAAAUCCACAAAUAUGGUUGCACUCACAGAGAGAACUGGGGAUGCCAUACAAUACACCAACACAGAUUAUGGGCUAGAGCUCACCCAGAGAACCACCCAAGCAUAUAACUGCUUCUGUGCUGUAUAUUGAGUUCCCACCUUGAGUGCAUGAAUUUUCAGUGUGGAUGUGUUUUGCUUUGCAAUUUUUAAUCUGUUUGCGUCUUUUAUUAAAUCUUUUCCUAGGCCCUGUUGUAGUAUACAGCCCUGUACAGAAUAUUCACCGAGGUAACUUUUGUGAUUUAUGAUUUACUUGAGACAACACUGACCACAUUCUACACUACUAGUAACAGGUUCACUUUUAUUUUGCAUUAACACUGUUUCCGCUAGUAUAUCCACUGUACAGUGACAGACUAACAGCUGCUUUCACGGCGCUGCUUGCUAGGGGUCAGGGUGCAGGGUGAGGGUCCCACUCGCAUGUAAAUCACCAAAAUAGGCAAGUACUGGGCAGGUCACCAUUUUAACACUUCUCUUAACUCAUCGUCAGAAAAAUCAUGUACAUAGGUUCUGACCUACAUGAAAAUCUAAUUUUUACAAAACUUUACCGCAUUUAUUUGUUGUCUUGCAUUUGUCAAAAAUAAACUAGUAAAAGUCUUGCC